GCGCCGCCCGAUGCGAGUCCCGCCGGCCCGGCGCGUCCAGUGGCCCCGGCGCAGCGCGUCCCUCCGAGCGCAGCAGGACUCACACGACAUGAGCGUCUGGACCGGGCGCUGAGCGGCGGCGGCGAUGUCGGGGCGCGGGGCCCGGGGGCCCGGCUGGGGGCUGCUGCUGGCGCUGCUGCUGGCGCUGGGCGUGCUGCCACGGGCGCGAGGCGUCGAGGAGCAGCCAGACGGUGCGGUCCAGGGCUUCCAGGUGGUCACCUUCAAGUGGCAUCACGUCCAGGACCCGUACAUCAUCGCGCUCUGGAUCCUCGUGGCCAGCGUGGCCAAGAUCGGCUUCCACCUGUCCCACAAGGUCACCAGCGUCGUCCCGGAGAGCGCACUGCUCAUCGUGCUGGGCCUGGUGCUAGGUGGCAUCGUCUGGGCGGCUGACCACAUUGCCUCCUUCACUCUCACGCCCACCGUCUUCCUCUUCUACCUGCUGCCCCCCAUUGUGCUGGAUGCUGGCUACUUCAUGCCCAACCGGCUCUUCUUCGGUAAUCUGGGCACCAUCCUGCUGUAUGCCGUCAUCGGCACCGUGUGGAACGCGGCCACCACCGGCCUGUCUCUCUACGGCGUCUUCCUCAGCGGCCUGAUGGGAGACCUGAACAUCGGACUGCUGGACUUCCUCCUGUUUGGCACCCUGAUCGCUGCCGUGGACCCAGUGGCCGUGCUGGCCGUGUUUGAGGAGGUCCACGUCAAUGAGGUUCUGUUCAUCAUCGUGUUCGGGGAGUCGCUGCUGAACGACGCUGUCACAGUGGUCCUGUACAACGUGUUUGAAUCGUUCGUGACACUGGGUGGUGACAAGGUGACUGGUGUGGAUUGUGUGAAAGGCAUAGUGUCCUUCUUUGUGGUGAGCCUGGGGGGCACGCUGGUGGGGAUCAUCUUCGCCUUCCUGCUUUCCCUGGUGACCCGCUUCACCAAGCACGUGCGCAUCAUCGAGCCCGGCUUCGUCUUUGUCAUCUCCUACCUGUCCUACCUCACAUCCGAGAUGCUGUCCCUGUCGGCCAUCCUGGCCAUCACCUUUUGUGGCAUCUGCUGUCAGAAGUACGUGAAGGCUAACAUCUCAGAGCAGUCCGCCACCACCGUGCGCUACACCAUGAAGAUGCUGGCGAGUGGGGCCGAGACCAUCAUCUUCAUGUUCCUGGGUAUCUCGGCCGUGGACCCCCGCAUCUGGAAGUGGAACACAGCCUUUGUGCUCCUGACCCUGGUCUUCAUCUCCAUAUACCGGGCCAUCGGUGUCGUCCUGCAGACCUGGGUUCUGAACCGGUACCGGAUGGUCCAGCUAGAGAUCAUAGACCAGGUGGUUAUGUCCUACGGCGGCCUGCGUGGGGCCGUGGCCUACGCCCUGGUUGUCCUUCUGGACGAGAACAAGGUCAAGGAGAAGAACCUCUUUGUCAGCACCACCAUCAUUGUCAUCUUCUUCACCGUCAUCUUCCAGGGCCUGACCAUCAAGCCUCUGGUGCAGUGGCUGAAGGUGAAGAAGAGUGAGCACCGCGAGCCCAAACUGAACGAGAAACUGCAUGGCAGGGCUUUCGACCACAUCCUCUCAGCCAUCGAGGACAUAUCAGGGCAAAUUGGACACAAUUAUCUCAGAGAUAAGUGGUCCAAUUUUGAUAGGAAAUUCCUCAGCAAAAUCCUUAUGAGAAGGUCAGCUCAAAAGUCACGAGAUCGGAUUCUGAAUGUUUUCCAUGAGCUCAACUUGAAAGACGCCAUUAGCUACGUGGCUGAGGGAGAGCGCCGUGGGUCCCUGGCCUUCAUCCGCUCCCCCAGCACGGAUAACAUGGUUAACGUGGACUUCAGCACGCCACGCCCCUCAAUGGUGGAGGCCUCUGUCUCCUACCUCCUGAGGGAGAAUGUCAGCGCCGUGUGCCUGGACAUGCAGUCCCUGGAGCAGAGGAGGAGGAGCAUCCGUGACACCGAGGACAUGGUCACCCACCACACGCUGCAGCAGUACCUGUACAAGCCCCGGCAGGAGUACAAGCAUCUCUACAGUCGACACAAGUUAACUCCAAAUGAAGAUGAGAAGCAGGACAAGGAGAUCUUCCACAGGACCAUGCGGAAGCGCCUGGAGUCCUUCAAGUCGGCCAAGCUGGGGAUCAACCAGAACAAAAAGGCGGCAAAGCUGUACAAGAGGGAGCGCGCCCAGAAGCGGAGAAACAGCAGCAUUCCCAAUGGGAAACUGCCCAUGGAGAACCCCCUGCACAACUUCACCAUUAAGGAAAAAGAUUUGGAACUUUCAGACCCCGAGGAGGCCGCCAACUACGAUGCUGAGGAGAUGAGUGGGGGGAUCGAGUUCCUGGCGAACGUCACACAGGACACAGCGACAGACUCACCCUCAGGAAUUGACAACCCCGUCUUUUCCCCGGACGAGGACCCCAGCAUCCUCUCCAGGGUGCCGCCCUGGUUAUCUCCUGGGGAAACAGUGGUGCCCUCCCAGAGGGCCCGUGUGCAGAUCCCCUACUCUCCAGGCAACUUCCGCCGCCUGGCACCCUUCCGCCUCAGCAACAAGUCCGUGGACUCCUUUCUGCUGGCCGAGGGCCCCGAGGAGCAGCCGCACAGCACCCUGCCCGAGUCCACGCACAUGUGACACGGGCUCCGACGCGCCGCUGACCGGACACUCGUCCCCGCCCGCCGCCGAGAAGUCCGCGCGGCC